UUUGUCUACAAAUCAGCACCACCUUUUCACACUUUUAGAAUGUAAACAGAUCGGAAUUGAUGAUAUCAAAAGAGUUUAUGGGCUAAUUUUGAGAAAAAUAAUUGACUAUAAUCGGAUUUUUCUGCGAGGUGCUGGCGGUCCGCCCGGUGUGGCCGUGGCCGUCAGCAGUGAGCGGCCCUGCCCAGCGGCACCGAGCGCUGAGCGGCUCCGACCGCGGCUCUGAGCGGUGACCGGCGGCUGUGACCGCGGCGCCGUCACCAUGAUGCCGGUGGUGCGGACGCCGAUGGAGGGCGGCGGCGGCGGCGGCGGCGGCCCGCACGGCCCGACCGGCGGAUCCAUCUCCCUCGGCCACCUGAUCGACUUUAUCGUGCAGCGCACCUACCAUGAACUCACCGUGCUCUCAGAGCUGCUGCCGCGCAAAAACGACAUGGAGCGCAAAAUCGAAAUUGUCCAGUUUGCCUCCCGGACGCGCCAGUUGUGUAUCCGGUUAUUGGCGCUGGUUAAAUGGGCGGGCAGCGUCUCCAAGGUGGACAAGAGUGCCGGCAUCAUGGCCUUCCUCGACAAGCAGAGCAUGCUGUUCAUCGACACGGCUGACAAACUGUCGCAGAUGGCGCGCCAGGAACUGGUGGCCGCCCGCCUGCCGACGUUCCACAUCCCGGCGGCAGUCGAGGUGCUCACCACCGGCUCCUACAGCCGGCUGCCGCUGUGUAUCCGCGAGCGGAUCGUACCAGCCAAGGCUAUCACCCCUGUCGAGAAGGCCACCACGCUACAGAGGCUGGACCAGAUCAUCGAGCACCGGCUGGUGACCGCCGACCUGCCGCCACAGAUGCUACAGCUCAAGAUCGGCGGCGGCCGCGUCCGCAUCACGGUCGAACACGAGUUUCAGGUGUCGCUAACACUGAUGGGAGACGGCCCGACUGUGCCCUGGACCCUGCUCGAGAUCGAAAUCCUCGUGGAGGACAAGGAGACGGGCGAGGGAAAGAGUCUGGUGCACCCACUGCAGGUUCACUACCUGCACCAGCUGGUGAGCUCGUACCUGGCCGACUCUGCUCGCCCUCUGCACGACAUCUACACCAUCCUGCACUCGUUCUGCCAGAGCCUGCAGCUGGAGGUGCUCCACUCGCAGGUGGUUCAGCUGUGCAGGGACCGACUCGGAGAUAAUGUGCGCGUGCACGACUACCAGCCGGGCCGACUGCUCUCGGUGGCCUACUGGCGGGAGGUGACGGGCCGCGAGGCGCGCUCGGAGCCGGCCUACCGGGUGUCGCUGCAGGCGGACCCGGCGGACGCCGGCCGGCCGCUGCUGGUCACCCACUGGCCGCCGCUGCAGGACAGCCGCAGCGCCGAGCAGGCCGAGCGCGCCGUCCGAUCCGACCGGCUGUCGCUGGAGCGGCUGCUGGUGCACACCAUCCACCUGCGCAGCCGCGCCGUGCUGGCCGACAUGCGCGAGCAGCUGGCGCGGCUGGUGCAGCUGCCGGCCGAGCAGCUGACGCUGGCCGGCUCGCCGGCCGUGCUGUCCGUACCCCUGCUGCAGCCGUGCCUCAAAGGCGAGCACCUGCUGGUGGCAGUGGACGUGCACCGCGGCACGCUGUCGGCGCACGUACCGCUCUACGAGACGCCCGUGUGUGAGGAGGUGACGGCCGCGCUCAACGGAGACCGCUCCCAGCUGCGCGCGCUGCUCACUCGGCUCCGGUUCUGGGUGACGCUACGCCGGGCCGAAAAGACGCUGCAGCACCUGCCGGCCUCGGCGCACGAGGCGCUGCCGCUCUCCUACCGGGAGGGCCACCCGCUGGGCCGGCUGCCGGCGCACCAGAUCUACGUGCGCCUGCACCGGUUCCCGCGCAGGGUGCUGGUGGUGGUGUGUCAGGAGCGGCCGGGCAGUCCCAACAGCAUGACCUACAGCUUCUACAUGGUGACCGUGAAGCCGUGCAGCAUCGAGGACGGCAGCGAGGACGCCAACGAGCGCCACCUGCCCAAAAAGUACCUUAAGGUGCUGACGUUUGUCGAGCUGGACACGUUCCUGUGUCUGCACGGGCCGGGCACCGUGUUGGAGGCGGGCGUCGCCGAGACGCCGCGCCAGCGCGCCCCCUCGGCGCCCGGCUCGCCGUCGCGCGCCGCCGGAUCUCCCGCCUUCUUCAUCACCGAGCUGGCCCAGGUGGUGGCGCUGUGUGACGAGCAGAUCCCGUGCGCAGCGCUCUGCAGCGAGCUCAGCCGACAGCGCGUGCCGCACGGAGGCGCCGCCGUCGACCCCAGCGGCCAGUCGCGCUACAUCCGUCUGAUCGACCUGCCGACGGUGGCGGACGUGGAGCCGGUGGCCAUGGAGCAGCUGCGCCGCGCCCUGCUCUCGGCCACCAUCACACAGCAGGAGGACAAGCAGGGCUCGCGCUGGGCCGUCGAGUACGUGUUCCACGGCGCACCGGCGCGCUCCCAGCAGCGGCGAGAGCAGGCCAGCCGGCGACUGGUGCACUUUUGGUACCCGCAGCCGGCCGUGGAGGCCGUCUCAGAGGUGGUGGACCGGCUGCUGGCCGACUGGCGCCAGAUGGCCGAGCUGUACGCCCUGCUGCUGGCCUACCAGCAGUUCGUGGCCGACGACCGGCAGCGCGGCCUCAGCCAACUCACGGAGAUCUCGUCGUUCACGUAUCGGACGCUGACGCUGGCCUACGGGCCCGACAGGGGGUCCACGGUGAAAGUCGAGUACAGCAGUGACGAGAAGAGGUUCCGGCUUAGCUUCGGCAUCAACGCUAGGUCGAGCAGCGCCACCAACCCGCACGCCAUGCUGCGUGGUCAGCUGGAGGACCUGCUGAACGCGGAGCGGUCGCUGGCGCAGCUGAUGGUGGCUCUGGACAGCACCUACUCGCCGCUGGUCUCGCUCGACAAGCUGUCCGCCACGCCGCGGCUGGGCGUACGCAGCGACCGCCCGCUGGAGCCCGUGCCCAACUUCAUCCUGCUGCCGCAGACGGCCUGGCACGUGCGGCUCGUCUACCGCAAGACCUACUGUCUGUCGAUCCACCUGCACAGCGACGAGCUGGUAUCGGUGCGCGACGGCGCCUUCUGUGUGUCCGACCGCAGCCGGCCGCUGGACGAGCUGACGCCGCUGCGCAACCUGUCCGCCUUCCUGGCCAAGUACGCGGCCGACCCGUCCUUCUCGGGGGUGGGCGGAGAGGACGACACCCCGCCGUCGCCCACCAGUCUGGAGCUGGACCCGCCGUCAGCGGUGCCGGCGCCGGCCGCCCGGCCCAGUGGCUCGCCGGCCGCACACGCGCGGUUCGCGCACCCGAUGACGCCCGGCUCGCUGUCGCAGCCCCACACGCCGGCCAGCCCGCUGCAGCCGUCGCCGGCGCCGGCCGCGCCGGUCGUCUCCAGCUCACCGGCGCCGUCCUCGACGCCGCUGCACGCGCCGUCGCCGGGCUUCCUGCCGGCGCCCAGUCCGAGCCACGUGGGCCACAGUCCGGCGGCGGCCGGCGCCAUGAGUCCGUUCACCGCCCAGCCGCUCAUGUCACCGGCGGUGGCUGGGUCGCCGGCCGUCUCCAAGGCGCCGGCCACCCGACUGCGGCCGGCCGCCGCACCCGUCAUGCUGUCGCACGAGUCGUUUGACCAGCUCUGCACGCGCGCGCCGGUGCCGCCGGCUGCGCUGCGCGCGGCGCCGGACGUGAUGCAGGUAUCGCCGCUGGAGCGGCACCUCGGCUGCGUCUACCUGCGUGCCCACCUGAGGAAGACGCUCGAAUCGCCGUCCACGCCGAGCAUCGUGCGCCUGCAGCCGACCGAGCAGGGCGUCAUCAUGUUCAAGACGACGUGUCUGCAGUGCCGCGUCCGGCUGGAGCCCGAGCACGUGCAGACUCUGCACCUCAGCGUACAACCUAACCCGGACAGCAUGGAGCAGUGGCAGCCAGAGGAGAUGCAGGUGUUGGAGCGCUACUUUGAGACCAAGGUGGCCGUGCCGCCGUACCGACACAACACGCUGAAGACGUUCAUCACCAUGCUGAACAGGCAGGCCAAGGUGCUGCGCGACUUCAUCCGCAUCCUGCAGCUGGAGGAGAUAACGUCCGACCCCAACAACCCAAAGGCGUCGGCGAUGAACUGGUCGGUCGAGUGGUGCACCACCUCUCACCCGGCCGCAUUGCCGGCCCUCAUCCCCGUCGGCCUCGUCUCACUCAUCAUCGUCGGCAACAAGGUGCUCUUCUUCCUGCAGCUGACGCGCCGGCUGGCGGCGCCGACCGGUUCCGAGCCGGCCCGCAUCGUCCUGCCGGUCGUCUAUGAUAUGGCCGAUAACAUGACGCAGUGUGCCGACAAGAAGGACUACCAGCCCAACCAGGUGGCGCAACAGGUGAACCAGCUGAUGCGGCGCAGCAGCGAGCUGGCUGCCCAGGCCGGUGAGUGCUCCUUGUUCCGCGCCGUGCACGAUGUGGUGCACAGCUUCGCGCUGCCCACCGAGCAGCCGCAGGCGGUGGCGCCACCUCUCGGCAGCGACGGUGGCGCCCCUGGCGGCCAGAUGAUGAUGCAGCAGCGCCAGUACCAGCAGCAGCGGCCCAUGGGCGGCAUGAUGCCCAGCAUGAUGGGCGCUGGCCAGCCGGGGCCCAGGGACCGCAUGCAGUGACCGGCCGGCCGCGCAGUGUCCCAGGGCUCAAUGGCGGCGCGUCGUUAUCUGACACGUCCCUCAUGUGACCAUGUCACGUGCGGCGCUGCCCGGGAUACCGGCCCGAAAUGGCUGCGUGAUGGGCCGUCCACCGCCGCGUUUUAGAAUGAUUUCCGUUAUCACCUAACUGCAUACCAUGUGGAGUGGCCGCAGGCAGUGUGCACUGUGCAUCAGGCGGAGGGAACCGCCAGUUUGUAUUUGGUCCCAUAUUAUGCAGUUCCGGGAGUCUCGCGAAUUUCAUGUGUCCAUUGUGCUCUCUGGGAUGAGGCAAAUAGCUCUAUGUUACCGUGGAAAUAUACCACAUCGCUCCA